UCUCUGUCCAGCCAAGGAGGUUCAUCCAAGGAUCAAGUGCUACACUUCUCAAAUUCUCGCACCCCCAUAUUUUCCGCGGCAUUGGUUUCGCCCAUGACGCGUCAUAUGUAAACGUAUUGAGUUCCGUUGGGGAGGGUUUUGUUGUUCGACUGGAGGACAAGCUGUCCACGUUUGUGAGGAUAUAGUUUCGCUCAUAGCGUGCUAAACAACGUUACGCUUUACACAGAAGUUCUUGGCGUUUCUUCUUCAAGUUCUGGACUUUUUCUGAGGAAAACACUCGAGUUCUGCGCGAGAGCAGAAGACAGGAAAGCGGUGGUGUAGGACGACUGCAGGAGUGGGGAGGGCAGUCAUCAGCAAAAAUAAUUUAAGUCCUGAAGGAACGUUACAGCAUCCCAGUUGGCUAUUAUCAGAACAGGACCACAGAUCGACCAUCCAUUGAUAGUUAUGCGUGUGAUGGCAAGCUUUGCCUGUAGUGACAGCGAUAUAGGUUCCACUAGGAAACCCGAGAGGAUUGUGUGAAUUACUGUUCUGAGUAUGGAGAUUUACUAUGAAUACAUCAGAAACUGUGUGGCAGGUAAUGCGGACAUGGAUAUGCCCUGUACCUGUGAGGAGUGUUAUAGAAACUCCAGGAACGUUUGUAGCUGCAUUGACUGUUUGAUGAAGUCAAGGAAAUACUCGUGUCAGCAGUCGCCCUGUGAGAAUCAUGAUUUCAUUGGGGACAUUGAGUAUUUCCCACCACAUGAGGAUUAUUACACACAAGCGGAUGCAGAAAUACUCUACCAGCUGAAACCAGGCGGGAACCCAAACGACCAGAAAGCCGGAGCAGAGACAUGGUGCAGUGCGUUCGCCCCAGACAACUCAUACUUCGCUUGGUCGUGUGGUCACAGGCUGGUGAGAUUGGUCCCAUGGAAACACAAGAUAAACAAUAAUGAAAUUGAAGACGAUGAGGGUAGACAAAGAGAGCCACCAUUGCCAGUGCCUAAAGAAAAGGUGAUAGACUGUGGGGAGUACGUGUGGGCAGUAGCGUUCGGAUCGUCCGUCUCUUCCAAAUGUCACCGCACUGUGAACGUCAGCUUCCACCGCUUCAACUUCGGCAAAGACCUCAUUCUGGCUACGGGGCUGCAGAGCGGCCGAAUCAAGACAUGGGAUGUUUCAACAGGUGGCAUCCUGUUGUACCUUAUAGAUCACAAAGAGGUGAUCAGAGACCUGCAGUUCGCCCCCGACGGCAGCAUGUUCCUGGCUUCUGCAUCCCGAGACAAAACCCUCAAGGUCUGGGAUUUGAACGACGAUGGAAACAUGAAGAAGACACUGAAGGGUCACAACGGCUGGGUGUACAGCUGCUCCUGGUCUCCUGAUGCCAAGAUUCUCGCUUCAGUGGGGCAAAAUAAAACAGUCAUCCUUUGGGACAUGUCCGACUAUUCCAUGAUGAGGAAACUGACGGGACAUCAGAAUGACGUGGUGGCCUGUGACUUUUCUCCAGAUGGCGCCCUGCUGGCGACAGGCUCCUAUGACACGAGGGUCAUCUUGUGGGACCCCUACACAGGCCAGAAGAUCAGGACAUUUGGGCAUAUGCACCCUGCCCCCUCAUUUCUCAUGAUGGGUGGAGCGAAUGACUACUGGUUGCGAGCACUGAGCUUUUCCCAUGACGGGUGCCACGUGGGCACUCUAUGUGACGACAAGUAUGUGAGAUUCUGGUCCAUCUACAAUGAGGAGGUUCCUGUGAAGAAGGCCCAGUUAGUGAAUGCCUUAUGCUGUAACUACUCACCCGAUGGCUGCUGCUUGGCUACAGGUACGCGGGACGGCAAUGUCGUGUUCUACAUGGCUCCGAUGAGAGUACAGAAGCUCCAGCACCUGUGCCGCCUGUCCGUGCGGCGCGUCCUCCCCUCCACCAAGGUCGAUGCCUUGCCGAUUCCACAGAAGCUCAUGGGCUACCUCAAGUACGAGAACUAGACCCUGACUCUGGCUAACCAACUCCACCUCUCCUGUAGACCCAUAUUCUCUUCAUUCAUACAUCGACGAUUUCAUCAAAGUUUACCAGUUCCAUGUACAUUUUACACCCCAAAACAUUUCUAGGUAAAAGGUUCAGUUCUAAAUUUUGGCGCCAUCACUGCUGUGCUGCUGUGCUGUUGUCAACUUUACCGCUUGUUCCAGGCAAAUUGGACAAAAAAACGAGGCUAAACUUUAACGUCUUCAUUAUUCUAGAAUUACAACGAAGAAAUGAUUGUCUCUGACCAUAUACAAGUCAUAAUUGCAGAUAGUUUAACCCUCUUCCUCCUGGGUUAUGUUGUGACAAGUACAAAUUUGGUACAUGGAUGUACCCUCAGGAGGAAUAAGGUUAAUAUAUGCUCAAAUACUAAUGAUUGAAAUGGGCCUAUAGGUCAUGGUGGAUGGCAAAUGUUAGUAUGGAAGAGGUUUUGUACAUAGAAAUACAUCGUCACUGAGAUAAGUGCCAGUUUGAUAUGUUUAACUUAAGUCACCAACAAUUGUAAUGAUUGUACAUUGCAUUGUUUUGUAAGAUAUCAUGGACUUGUGCAGGACAUAAUAUUAUUGAUAACCUCUGAAUUCUGGCUGUCUUCAAAUGUACAAGGUGUUCUUAAUUUCUGUCUGUGGAUUAUAACAUGUGUCAACAUAUACGCUUCCUAAUGGUGAUACACGAUUAUCUGCAGAUAGGACAGUUGCAUUGGUAACUGUUUUUUUCGUAACUGUUAUGAUUAUGUUACUGGUGCAAGGAACUAUGUACAUAACUUCUGUAUGUUAAUAUAGUUAAGACUCUGGCAAGCCUGGGAAUUGAAGCUCAAAUGGCCGACCUAGUUUAAAAUGUGGGCAGCCUGUCUCAAAAAUAAAUAGGGCACUGCUGUUGUGUUGCAAAACUGGUGAAACAAUCAUCUAACUUAAGCCAUUGCUGCUGCCCUUGCCAUACAGAGGAAACUGCUCUCUUUUUGUGGUCAGGGACAUCUUAAUAGAAAACACAUUGAUGUCUCGAAUUAGCAUGGCCCACCUGGCUGUUGUGUACUCCCAAUCAACCAUUGCACUGAAGGCAGUUGUAGAUAGCCAAACUGUUCGGAUACCAUUUCUGGCAUGUGUACGAACUGCAGUCAACCAAAAUGAAGUACAUUAUACUGUACCUCUAAGUAUUACAAGAAGUGACAGUGCACAAUCAGAGAGCCUUGAUUGUAAGGUUUUUUAAGUUAAAUCCAUACUGAAUGUGUAGUUAUUGUAUUUAUGUUUUGCUGGCAACUAACAGUAAAUUUUGUUUUUCCUUUAUUCUUUACUAAAUUUUAUGUUGUCUCAAAGAUUAUGAAUAUAUAUAGUAGAUAUAAAAUUAUAGAAACAAGUUAGAACGAUGAAAAAUGCUCUAUUUAUCAGAACAAAAGAAAUGAAAUCUAUCUUCGCAAUGUGCAACUCAACAGCGAGAUAGUGCAUGACAUUUCCAGAUCUGUCUCUUAGAUGCAAUGUAACUAAAACAAAAA